CGCCCCUUAAAUCCAAACUAAUCGAUUAAAUAUUACACGAUUAUCUGGGUUAAUAAUCGAUUACUCGAUUAAUUGAUCGAUAUUACGACAUCCCUAAUUCCGUUCCGAGCAUAUUGAGUUUUGACAAACAGAAGUGUUUUUUUCUUGUAAGCAAUAUCAUCAACGAAGAUAAUUCCAAACACCUAACAAAUCAACAGUAUGCAAAAUAAUGGACAUCUUUCUAAUAAUGUUAGGGGAUUCAUCGAAACACCUGAAUUGUUGAAGGAUGGAUUCGAUUCUGGUUGUUGCAUUGAAGUUUCACCGAGUGAAAUAGAAUCUUACCAUGCUAAAAAGAUCCUACUCAUCAAGGAAGAACCAUUAAACAAUCCAGUAGCGUUUGCCUCGCCAGCGAUAGAUGUCCCAAAGCCACACCAAUGUGAGAUAUGUGGUAAACAAUUUACCCGUAAAAAUUAUUACGACAAACAUGUCUUGAAGCAUGGAAACGAAAAACCAUUUAGUUGCGAUCUUUGCAAAAAGAAGUUUACAUGCAAAAGUGUCUUAAAAGCACAUAUGGUCAUCCACACUGAUGUCAAACCGUUUAAAUGCACUAUUUGCGGAAAAGAUUUUGUUGCUAAACACUUUCUAACAGUACAUAUGUCUAGGCAUACAGGUGAAAAUCCAUACAAAUGCCCUGAUUGCGAAAAAGACUAUUCCCGUAAAGGCGACCUAAAACGACACAUGUUAACCCACGGUACCUUACAUCAACAUAAUUGUGAUGUGUGUGGCAGAGGUUUCCAUGAUCGCUCAAAUUUCAAGAAUCACUUACGCAUCCACACAGGAGAGCGACCGUUAAAAUGCAGUAUAUGUGACAAAGGUUUCAUUCGUCAGAUCGAUCUUGUGGAUCACUUGCGCCUUCAUACAGGUGAGCGACCAAACCAAUGCAAUGUGUGCAAAAAAGAGUUUACCACUAAACGAAAUCUUAACCAACACAUGUCUAUUCAUACGGGUGAUUAUCGGCAUAAGUGUGAUGUGUGUGGCAAAGGAUUCACUACUAGCGAGUUUUUGAAAAUGCACAAGAACAUUCAUACGGGUGAGCGUCCGUACAAGUGCACAGUAUGCGAAAAAGGUUUCUCUAGUAAACGUGUUCUUACCCGACACAUGUUUCUUCACGGAACUGAAUAUCAAUACAAGUGCGAUGUGUGUGGCAAAGGCUUCCAUGAUCUAUCAAACUUUAAGGUCCACGAGCGCAUUCAUACCGGCGAACGACCGUUUAAAUGCACUAUAUGUGGCAAAGAUUACAACUGCCAAAGCCAUCUUGUACAACACAUGCGACGUCAUACAGGCGAGCGGCCGUACUCGUGCACUAUUUGCGGGAGAGAUUUCAUUGCUAAACACAAUCUGACCGAACAUAUGUCCAUUCAUAAUCAUGAUUACAAGCAUACAUGUGAAGUGUGUGGUAAAGGAUUCAUGUCCAGGUCACAUUUAAAAGGACACGCAAAUGUUCAUACGAGAGAGCGACCUCAUGAAAGUUGACACUUGAAAGUUCACCAGAGCAAGUAAUUGGAUCAUCGGUAAAAAAUCUAUUCAAAAACAGCAGUAAUAUAUAAUAGCUAAUUUGUAUGAUUUUUAACAACGGAAUACAAACAUUUUAUCACAUCAUUCUACAGUACAUGUUAUUCGCGACAUAGAAGGAGCGGUGCUGCCAUCUAUCAAAGUUUAGUCUGUGUGUGAAGAGAAUGUAAACAAAAUAUAGAACUUUUUCGCUUAAAUAAAUGCAUUGUUUUUUAAAGUGAUUUUGUGCAUGUAAAAAUAUAAAAAACCGAUAACGGCUCUUAUCUAGACUUUUCAACUUGUUUAGUUGUGUUUUGAAGUUGGUUUUGUGUUAGAAAAAAACGAUAAUGAAACAUCUAUUCCGGCGCUGGUAACACGCAUAGAACAUGGAUCUGAAAAGCAGUUUUGAUGAUUACGCAAAAACGAUCUUUGACAAUGUUUCUGAUGCUGACGAGGGCAUUAACGAAAGGAAGAUUACAAACACAAGUGUCCGCCAGGAAUAUCAUUUCAUUCCUUCCCGAAAAUGUCAAAAGACACUUCAAAAUUGAGCCGACGAAUACUGUGCGUGUGUGUAGAUUCUAUUUCACUACACAUUCAAUAUAUUAUAUUUUCCAUCAAUUUUAAAGUGGACUCAAGAUUCCUGCCCGUUUGCUCAUGAUUAUCGCUUGAGAAAUUGUUGAUAUGUUGAAUAUAUUAUGUAAUAAAAUAUUUUGAAA